CCUUUCCACCUUCCACUCUUCUUCAGUUAAAAUAUUAAACUUGAAUUUGCUUCACAAAUAAUUAUUAUUUAUUACCACUAUCUUGUUUUCUUCGGUUUAUCAAUUUCCAAAUCGUAACUCUCCUUCUCCUUCCGUUACGACUACUUUUUUCCUCUACAAGCAUAAGCAGCAGCAAGGAGUCCAUGAAAGAUCAUAAAGAUACUUAAUUUCGUCAAAAUCAGAUCCAAAUAAGCGAUUCAACAGUUGCAGUUCUUAAUCGAAUUGGUUUUUGAUUUCUUUUUGUAAUCUUGAUCUCUAAAUUAUCGUCAUGUCGAGUCCGUUGGAUCUCUUAGCUCGGCCUUGCUUUGAGGGAUUCUCUAGUAAUGAUGAGAAAAGGGAGCGGAAAUCGGAUUUUGAUAACUCGGAGGAAGAUAGGAAGACUAGAAUCGGGAGUUUGAAAAAGAAAGCCAUAAAGGCAUCUAGUAAAUUCAGGCGUUCUCUCAAGAAGAGCAAGAAAAACAAUGGCGGCAGUGGAGGUGUUGGUGGAGGGGUUUCUGCUGCAAUUGAGGAUGUUCGAGAUGUCGAGGAGCUUCGGCUUGUAGAUGCAUUUAAACAGGCACUUAUUUCGGAGGAUUUGCUUCCUCCCAGGCAUGAUGAUUAUCACAUGUUAUUGAGGUUCUUAAAAGCAAGGAAGUUUGAUGUCGAGAAAGCAAAACAGAUGUGGGCCAACAUGCUACAGUGGAGGAAAGAUUUCGGUACUGACACUAUUUUGGAGGAUUUUGAGUUCAGUGAGUUGAAAGAAGUUCGAAAGUACUACCCUCAGGGUUAUCAUGGUGUAGAUAAGGAUGGCAGACCUGUUUACAUCGAAAGACUAGGAAAAGUUGAUUCCAGCAAACUUAUGGAAGUGAUCACUUUAGAAAGAUAUUUGAGAUAUCAUGUGCAGGAGUUUGAAAGGACUUUUGCGAUUAAGUUUCCAGCUUGCACCAUUGCUGCAAAGAGACACAUUGAUUCAAGUACAACUAUUUUGGAUGUGCAAGGAAUUGGUUUGAAAAACUUCACCAAGUCUGCACGAGAACUCAUCAUUCAGCUUCAGAAGAUUGAUGGUGACAACUAUCCUGAGACACUUUGCAGAAUGUAUGUCAUUAACGCUGGUCCCGGUUUUAAGCUGCUUUGGAGAACAGUGAGAUCUUUUAUUGAUUCCCACACAGCUUCCAAGAUUCAUGUUCUUGGUAACAAGUACCAGAACAAGUUACUUGAAAUAAUAGACUCAAGUGAGUUGCCCGAGUUUCUUGGGGGUAGCUGUACUUGUGCUGAUCAGGGAGGUUGUAUGAGAUCCGAUAGGGGGCCAUGGAAAGAUCCAAACAUUUUAAAGAUGGUUCAUAGUGGCGAAGCACUAUAUUCCAGACAAAUAGUAACUAUUUCAAAUAGUGGGGGCAGGGUAAUUGCUCUUGAUAAGCCAUUCUAUCCAGUGAAGGUAAAAACAAGUGAUACAUCCACUGCAGAGUCAGGAUCCGAAGUGGAAGAUGUUGUCUCUCCUAAGCCAACCGGGAGCUAUUUGCUGCCAAGGCUGGCUCCUGUCUCUGAAGAAGCCAUGCUUGGAUGUUUUAUACAGGCCAGGAUGGCUGGUAGGAUGAGUACUGCCAGUGUCUCUGAAUAUGACGAAUACAUACCUAUGAUUGACAAGACGGUGGAUGCUGAAUUUCAAGAUUUAUGUACUUCCAGAGGCACACCUUCUCCGUUAAGUGUAGAGAAGACUUCCGAAGGGAUCCCUGCUCGUGUCUGGGCUUUGCUUGUGGCCUUCUUCAUAACCUUUCUUGCCUUCUUUCGUUCAAUGGCAUUUUGGAAUACUAAGAAACACCCAGCAUCUGAUUCUGCCAGUGACAUUACUGACCUGACUUUUGAAACAGCACCAAAGGAGGAAUUCAGACCCCCUUCUCCUGCUCCAGGGUUUACAGAGGCAGACCUUCUUUCAUCUGUCAUGAAAAGGCUGGGUGAACUUGAGGAGAAGGUUGGUACAUUACAGACAAAGCCUUUUCAGAUGCCUUGUGAAAAGGAGGAGCUGCUUAAUGCUGCAGUUUAUCGUGUGGAUGCAUUAGAAGCAGAGCUAAUUGCAACGAAAAAGGCUUUGCACGAAGCUUUGAUCAGGCUAGAAGAACUUCUUGCGUAUGUAGAUGGUCGCGAACAAGCAAGUUUUCAGAAAAAGAAGUUUUGCUGGUCAAGAGGUUUCUGUACAGGAGGAAUAUAUUAGUGUGGUCUUGAUACCACUCCAUCAAUUUCCAUAAUUAAUCUUCCAGAUACAUAUAAGGUACUAUUCCAAUUUACAUUGGUUGAGAAUUUGGUGUCCAUAAAAAAAAAAGGAGGGCGGGAGUAGUUGCUCCUGUGGUAGUUUGUCUUCUCGAGAGAAGAUGAUUCUUGUCAGGAAGUUCCUUGUGUGUGGAGGUAUAGCACUUGGAUGAUGUACAUUGAAUAAACAGAGGAGGAGACCCAAUAAAUUUGUGGCUUUAAUUGGCAUGUUGGUGUUCCCAUGCCCCAUGGGCUCGGGCUUGGCUUUCACUGCAGACUAAAAAGAGAGAGAACCGAAAAAAUAAAAGAAGAGAGAAGCGUUUUCGUUGCAUUGUCCAUUCUAUAUGAAAUUGGAAUGCAAGCCCGACAGAAUUUAUCAUGAGAAGUUGACUUUUUGUCUAUCUGCACCAAGAGGCAAGGAAGAUACCAUUAUCUCGUUAAGUUGGCAUGAUGUCGUUUUUUCCUUGUAAAUAGAUAAUCCCGAAAGUCAUUUUGUAUAGAGUGGGCAGUGAAAAGGAUGCGAACAUUUACCAAGAGGAAGUAUAAACUGUGAAAAUAAACCGAUCCCGUGCUUUGAAUUUGUGGCUGCUAUAUUAUAUUUUAGAGGCUUGGUUAA